GGUCUUCAAGAAGAGCAGUCCCAAUAGCAAGUUAACGGCUUACUUGUCAAAACGAGAUUUUAUUGACCAUUUAACUCACGUCGAUCCAAUAGAGGGAGUCGUCCUCAUCGACGAAUCAUAUGUAAAAAAUAGGCGAGUAUUUGUACACGUCCUUGCCGCAUUCCGAUAUGGCAGAGAGGAUCUUGACGUUCUCGGCCUUUCAUUUCGGAAGGACUUGUUUUUGGCCUCCGCUCAACUUUAUCCCCCACCAAAAACGAUAGGUGACAAUUUUCCUGUCAAUCCCAUCCCCAUUUUGGCUGUCGCUUCCGGUAAUACAUCGACCAAAAAAUCACCAGCGAGUGGAGUCGAUAGUGAUACAACGGCUGAACACACAGAUAUCGAACCCAAGCCAGAACCGAAGCCUCUUACACGUUUGCAGGAACGUCUUAUUAAGAAAUUGGGGUCAUCGGCUUAUCCAUUCUAUUUCGAGCUCCCUCAUGCAACGCCUGCCUCCGUUACUCUUCAACCCGGCCCCAACGACAGUGGAAAGGUGAGCCUGUCUAUUCCCGGUUGA